AUGUCGUCGGAUUCUAUUGAUCAAGUAUUCGAAAAAGCUAUUUCUACCAUUCACACUCUUUCCUCGCUAAAGGGCUUCAAUUCGCUACCACGACCUCCUGCUCACAUAAGAAUAGAGUUGUAUGCGCUCUACAAACAGUCAACCGAGGGGGACGUGGAGUCCGUGCUAACGCAACCGGCAGGAGAUCCUCAUUCACCUGACUACAAUGUUGCAUUGAGGAAAUGGGAUGCCUGGAAGACAAAGGAAGGGCUAAGUAAAACAGAAGCGAAGAAGGAGUAUAUUCAAUUGUUGAUCACCACAAUGAAGUCGUACGCAAUGGGCACUAUUGCUGCCCGCGAACUUCUAGCAGAUCUCGAGUUUCUCUGGUGGCAGGUUACGAAUGACCCAACUGAAAUUGUAGAUGAGAGUAGCAGCAUGAUGAUGGCUAUUCAAGAUGAGUUACAAGAUGCUAAAUCGCUUCGGCUGCGCAAGGAAAUAUAUGAAACACUGAGUAGUUUAAAUGAAAUCAAACCGCGUGCACUGCAAAAUGGCGUUCCAGAACACCGGAAAGCAGAUAAGUCUGGGAGUGCGAGGCAAGAUACGAUAAAAGCUUUGCUAGCCAUAGCCGUCUCAAUAAUAAAGUGGGCACUGCUAUUUGUCAAACGAGUUGUUCUCAGUAGCAUUGUUAUGUUGGGAGUUUUGGCCGCGGCAAAAAAUUACGGCCAUGUUUCAACACUAUCUUUGGACUUUCAUACCCGGUCUUCCGUGGAUGAAAAACCCAAGGGCGCCACAAGCAUGUUGACAAGAUUUUUAGGUCCAUUAUGGUUCUCUAUUAGAAUUAUUAACAAAUACGGAGGAUUAAAAAUUAAGAGAAUUACGAUGAAUAUUGAAUAG